CCCACCAGCGCCAUUGUCUGCCCCACUGUCCCAGCCAUGGCAGGGAGUUCUAACGUGCCCCACAAGACCUCGCUUCCUGAGGGCAUCCGAGUGGGAACUGUUAUGAGGAUCCGUGGUGUCAUCCCAGAAAAGGCUGGCAGGUUCUAUGUGAACCUGCUGUGCAGCGAGGCCCCAGGGAGUGAGGCCGCCCUUCACUUCAAUCCGCGCCUUGAUGAGUCCGCUGUGGUCUUCAACACAUUGGAGCAGGGCACUUGGGGCCGAGAGGAGCGCGGCUCAGGAAUUCCCUUCCAGCACGGGCAACCUUUCGAUGUGCUCCUCAUUGCCACGGAAGAAGGCUUCAAGGCGGUGGUCGGCGACUCGGAGUACCACCACUUCCGCUACCGGAUCCCGCCGGCGCGCGUGCGCCUCUUGGAGGUGGGCGGGGACUUGCAGCUGGAUUCCGUGAAGAUCUUCUGAGACCCCCCCACCCCGAGGGGCUGGGGGCGCUGGGGUUCGGGAAUGGCAAAUAAAGUUUCAGCCCACGUC